AAACUGAUACGUUGAGUAGUCAGGAUGAACAGGAAACUUCAAACGACGCUUGUGGUGCAGCGGCCUCCAGCAUGGCAUCUGCUGCGGUCAGUCGCAAUACUUCAGAACUGCAAGCAACCAAUGAUGGGCCACAGCAUGCCAUCCCGAUGAUUUCCCACGACACAUUGCUAAAUGAUGAAGAGCUUUCCAUGUCUGAUGAUGAUGGUUCAGAGCAACAUGAUCCUGGAGAGCUGGCUUCAGAAGAUGACAUGCAAAUGCCUAACAGUCCCACAGCGCCUGGUCAUGGUGGCAAGUCGCUUUUUGGAGAGUUAUUUACCGAUGUUGUGACUGAAAGAGUGGUUCUGUCUAGAGGCGAUAUUCUCCUCAUGGUGCUGAAGCACGCUGUCAAAAAUAAUUCAUCAUUUGCAGGGCUGACCAGCAUCUUAGACCUUAUCAACAGAAUUUUCGAACGACCAAUAUUGCCUCAUUCACGUUACCAGCUCUCCAAACUUUUGAGCAAAACAGGCACAACAAUGACAUAUUAUUGUUUUUGCCCCAAAUGCUUCACACACAUAGAAAAUGCUGAAACAAAUGCCUCUUUUCACUGCACAAAGUGCGGACACAAAACUAGUGUUUCUAGUUUAUCUGAUAUGCCUUUUUUUGUGACUCUUGAUGUGGAAUCGCAGUUGCAAAGAUUGUUGAAAGACUGUACACUUCUUGACUUAACAAAGCCACUUAACCAUGAUGGCUCAUUGGGUGAUCUGUAUGAUGGCGAAAUGUACCGCAAUUUUGCAGCUGCAACACAGCAGUGUGGUCCCAGAAUCAGCUUCACAUUAAAUGCUGAUGGCACACCGCUUUUCAAGUCAAGUGGCACGUCCAUUUGGCCUAUUCAGCUAAUUGUAAAUGAGGUUCCGGCUGAGCAGAGGAUGUCAAAACUUGUGCUUGCAGCAUUGUGGUUCUGGAAGGAGAAGCCACACAUGGAGCUUUUUCAGAGCACAUUUGUUAAGCAAAUGAGCCAGCUUAGCGAAAGUGGCUUUGUCUUGGAGCAAAAGGGGCAACUUCAGACAUUUAAAGCUUAUUGCAUUUGUUGUGCGGUUGACUCGGUUGCCAGGGCACCUAUGCAAGGUGUCACUCAAUUUAAUGGUUAUUUUGGGUGUAACUGGUGUUUACAGAAAGGUGAACGAGCUGGUGGUUCAACAAAGUACCCUGUUCAGCCAGUUAACCCCACUGAGCGUACAGAGAGCCAGAUGGUUGAAGACAUGACAACUGCAGUUAGGCGAGGAGUGACCGUUCAUGGUGUAAAAACGGCAUCUCCAUUGAUCAGCCUGCCUUAUUUUCACAUUGUAGCAGGAUUUGUUCCUGAUUACAUGCAUUGUAUUUUACUUGGAGUAGGACGACAAUUCUUAGAUUUAUGGUUAGAGUCUUCUGGUUGUGCUUACUCUCUAAGCCGCAAGCAACACACAAUCGAUGAGAGGCUUAUGGCUAUCAGGCCACCAAAGGAUGUGAAAAGAUUGCCAAGACCAACGAAGGAGCGGAAAUGGUGGAAGGCGAAAGAGCUGGAAAAUUGGAUAUUGUACUACAGCAUUCCAGUACUUGAUGGCAUUCUUGACAGAAGAGACCUUCAGCACUGGGCAUGCAUGGUUGAAGCUUUGCAUAUUAUGCUGCAGUGCAGUAUAGAAACUUCUGAGCUGACUAGAGCUGAGAAACUCUUGUUAGAAUUUCAUGUGCGUUCAGAAAUGCAUUUUGGAAAAGCUUUUAUGACGUAUAAUAUGCACCAGUUGACGCAUAUUGCAAAGAGUAUUCGUGACUGGGGACCCCUGUGGGCACACUCUGCGUUUCCAUUUGAAUCGGGAAAUGGGAGCCUCAAGGAAGCUAUCAAAGCUGCAAAUGGGAUUCCCCAUCAGCUGUGCAGAGUUCUGCAAAUUGAAAAUACUGUGAUGGAACUGCAGGAUCUGGCUGUCAGCCCUAGCGUGGUGCAGUACUGCAAUUCUUUUGAUGCCAAAGUCACACACAAAAGCAAAAGCAGCAGUGAUGGCACCCGUUUCUUUGGAAGUGGUAUUCCUAUUCCACCAGCCUGUUCAUUGCCUGAGCAAGAAAUCCCACCACCUUCUGUACAGUACAGAAGAAUGAUGGUAAAUGGUUCAAUCCUGACAGACUGCUCAUACGCGUCAAAGAAGAAGACUAAUAGUUCAGUUAUUCAACUCUUGGAUGGGUCAUUUGCCAUUAUUGAAAAGAUCAUUUUGAGUGGUGAUAACACAUCCAUAUGUGUCCGGAAACUUCGGUGCCGACCAGUAAAUUAUGACUUGGUGACUGUAAACCAUGUGCAAAAAGUGCUAUUCAAAGAGUCGCCGGCAGUAAUUAUUCAGCCUCUAGAAAUAAGAAGUGUUAGUGUAUUAAUCAAUUUGGAAAAUGUUUCAUACGUAUGUGCACCUCCCAGCACCCUUUCUCUGUAGUCUUCUUGUUCGACAGUUCUAUGUUCCCUAGAUGCUCCUGACACAGGUCUGAUAGUAGAAUGGCCUAGAAAGUAUGCACAUAAUUUUAAAUAAGUAAACAAAUGCAAAAAUUAAACCGUAACCCGACUGAGCAGCACUCCUUCGUGUGCACUGGGUGGGAGGGCGUGUGAAACAUGCAGUCAGUCCUGUACGGAGGACAAAAAAAAUUACACCAUCUCCCGCUAAAGGGGACCAUGAGGCGAUGCGAAGCCAGAGCACUUGCAUGAUCGCGUUCCGUUGGCAUUCAUUGGGCAUGUUACCGACCUUGGAUCGUUAUUAACGUUGUAGGCGAAGGUGAAACGGUUAACGAAUGUCAUUAUUGAGCACCGUCUAGUACUUGAGGUAUGCACUUUGCUUUGAUGAGGAUGGCUUUGUGGUCGCUGAAGUGAACCGUGAGGGGAUCUUGGUGCAGUGGGUGGAUCUUGAAAUUGGUGAAGACAUGAUCAAUGCAUGUGCCAUGAAUGGUAGUUCGCUGCCCUUCGCUUCUCAGCUUUGUCUUGAGUGGACGCAAUUGGGCUGAUGCUGACGCGUGCUUGCGUCAGCCCACUCACUGAUGGGACUGUUGCUUCCAUCAUGCUUCAUCGGAAGCACCAAUGGAGUCAAGCGGAGUCAACCAAAGCAAGCGCUGCGCUGAACACGCGCUGCGCUCUAACCGCUUAGAGGAGGAGAGUAGCGCAUGCACCGUGAAAGCAGAAGCGAAAACGCAGAAGCGCAAGCAGGUGCUGGUAGAGAAGUGGAGAGAGUAACGCGCAGCUGUCGGAGAGAGGGAAGGAGGAGAGGUGCGCAUGCAUAGUGUGAGUGCAGACUACCACGGCGCGUGCGGAUCACCACGCCACGUUACAUACCCCUGAGCAAGAGAUGCGUCGCAUUUAAAUGGUGAAGAGCUGGCAGAUGCUGCCGAUUUAUGGGCCUUCAGUGUCUGUGUGUCGAUAUCUUAGGACUUAUGUCUUUGGAACUGUCAGGAUAAGCAGAUGCAAUUUCGAUUAAUUCAACAUCCAUAAAUCACCAUUUGCAUUUGACCCGCCGCCACAUGAGUCAGUUGUUUGAGAAUGCUGGUAAUCCAAAGCAGCACAUCUCGCUGCAACAUGAAAAUCAAGGGUAGCCCCAACCACUGAUUUUAGCGAGCUAUUUUAGGUGUUUUAGCCCUUUUCGAGGAAGCAGUUGAUAUAAUCACUAAGAGAUUAUGGAACACUGCUUUCCUCAUUUGCUCAUUUUCUUUGGAAGAGUGCUGGUGAUAGUGCAAAGCAACAACUGGUGCAUUUGUUCAUCACAUAAGGAGGUACAGUGACUGCUCAUUGUUCUCUUGAUAUAUAAUGAAAGCCAUGCCUUUGUGGCAUCCAAAAAUGCGAAAUACCAGCAGUACAAGCUGGGUUUUGUGCACGUGAGCACUAUUGCAGCUCUAAUCACACUGGUGUGACCGUACAUUGAAACUUGCAUUACUUGGAAAAUCAUCGCGAACAUGACAUCUCACAAGAUGGAAGACACAGUAUGAGCACAGUCUAACAAUUGAAGUUUAUUGAAACAAAAACGAACGCAUGUAAAACAAAAACCAUGCAUGUGCAGGAACUUCCGGUCACGUGAAAGAAAUUUCUAACCAGCAAACUUCAUGGGGAUCCAUUGACCUCUUAAAAUUGCAAAGUUGCCUAGAUGCAAACACCUCGUGCCCAGUGUGUACUUGUGCAGUGCGUAUCAAUCAUUCAGUCUUGUCAGAGUGGCAUAUGUCAUUCAAGUUGCUGUGCCUUGUGAAAUUUUAUGUGCGCUGUAAAUUUGUCAUUUAAUUUCAAAUGCAGCUAUGUAUAAAUUUUGUGCAUUUGUGUAUGAUUUUUUACAUAUGUACAUAUAUUGCAUGCAUGUUAGUUUUGUGUUUUGUUUGUGUGUCCUUAUGCCUGGACUUGCUGUAUUUUUGCCCAUUUUAAUAAACAUAUUGCUGUGGAACGCCAUGAACUUCUCU